AUGUACCCACUACCGACGGAACUACAGGAAUCUUAUCUUGACAGCGCCAAUUAUCCACAAAACCUUAUUCCAAGCGGCAUCGCAACAUACAAGUCGAAACUUGUCUCAUACAAGGAACGCUUGGACGACGCUGAGGUCGAUCUUUGCCUUGGUUCCAUUGAGGACGAAGUUGAAAAAGACUUUGAGAUUCCCGUUAUCGACUUGGACACCAGUGAUGAGAAAGAAUGGGACAAGAGAAACAUUCAUAGUCCGGCAAAACUCACGGAAUGGCUCGGUGUCACUGCGCAAAACUCGGAUGCCAACACGCAGCUACUAACGACACGAAAGAAAGAUCCAAAAUGCAGGUUCAUAUAUCUGUAUGGACAACAUUCGCGCGACAAAUUGAAAACAACACGUGAAAGUCUUUGUCAAAUCCUGUCGUACCAUCAAGUCAUGCCCGUGUAUUUGGAUUUCAUGCUCGUCUUCGGUGGACAGACUGACGCCAUCGAUCCUCGGUUUGGUGGUUUUCGAGAGCAAAUACGUCUCAGAAAUCCAAGAAGUGGACACGCAGUUCCUGAGCUGAAUCGAAGCGGCAAGCUCUUCCAACUCAGCUACAACUUGAAGGGUGUAUACCUCAAGAAGCGAGAUCGUGAGAACAUCAGGCUUAACGUAUGGUCGAUUCGAGACGCCGCAAUCUAUCAUAAAUUUGAUGUCAAAUACGGCACUACGCUCUGGAUUGUUACAAAGGGCGGGAAAGACAUCCUGGAACGUUAUGCAGAUCUGACUAAACCAGACGGCCGAUCAGAGGAUAUAAAGUAUGACAAUCCGACAGCAUGCUUCCGGUCGACACUUGUGACGCAUUUGCUCUAUUGCCACUGGGCAACCGAAGACUGGAGAUGGUAUAUAGUGUGGCUUGAGAGAGUGAUCCAUCAAGAAAGCGCGAUGGCCGUGAACGGCCUCCGUACGGAGGAGUGUGCUUAUGAGAUAUACGAACCACAACACAUACAGGAUUUGCAACAUUGGCAAGAUGAGACUAAUGCAGUUGUAAUGGUUCUGGAGUCCAACGCCAAAAUUGUGGGUGCUCUACGCAGCUUCUACAAGAAUCUGGUUUCUCGAGAAGACUUUCCCCUUGCGUUGAAAACAGACUGCGAGGAUCAUCUUCACGCCUUCUUUUCGCAGCUGGAUGAAAUCAUGGGAGACUUUGAUAUGCAAUUAACCCGAGCAAAACUUCUCGUGAAGAUAAUAAGUGACAGAAAAGAGCUGGUAUUGCAGCAUCUACACCGUCAAGCUUCAGACCGGACUGAACAGUUGAACAAGAACCUUGAACGGGAAGCUGUUGUUAUGCGGAUUAUUACAAUUGUUACACUCCUGUAUCUGCCAGCGACGUUCGUAUCAACGUUCUUCAGCACCGAUGUCAUCAAAUACCAAGAUCAAGACCAGAAUGCUGGCAGCUCCAAAAACGGCUCUUUCUCUAGCCUUGCUUUGGAGCGUUGGCUUCAGGUCACCAUACCUUUGACUUUCCUAACUUUGCUUGGGGCUUGGUCGACUUAUCGUUUUUUCAACAGUACAGUGGAACAGUUCACGUUCUUCGAGAGGCUGAAACACAUCGUUCCUGGCCUGACGUCAUCGGCGAGUGUUUCCCUAUCAUCUGGAACAGCUCAAAGCUACCCUGAUACCAAUACUCGAAAAGACGCAUCCAAGCGCUUGGUUAACUCUACUAAGAGGCUUUCUCGGAUCACGCGUUGGUUUCGUAGCAAUCGUGCCGCCUUACCGUUCUACAAGCCAACAGCGCCGAAAGCAGGCUGA